CUCAACAUCAUGAUCCACUCUCUUCUCUUUGCUCUGCCUUUCCUGCUUACUGUUUCUGCUGUUUCAACGAAAGAUAUCAGCACUGCCUUUUCUCAGGCUGGAAUUAUUCCAAACGUUGUUCCAAUCUUCGACGCUACCGCCGUUCUCGACGUGGUUUACUCAGAUCCCUCCACGCUUAAACCUCUAACUGUGACUCUGGGGGGUAAUCUCACCGUUCAACAAACACAAACCAUCCCCAAGUUCUUUGUGAAGCCCGCAUCUGGGGACCAGGAAUAUGUCGUAGCGUUCUUUGACCCCGACGCUCCAACUCCGCAAAAUACUUCGCUGGCUCAGUUCCGCCACUACGUAGGCGGAGGUUACAAAGCUGGGAGCGAUGGCGCACUUACUAACAACACGCCUGCGUUGACCGAGUACAUUGGUCCUGGGCCUCCUCCAGGUUCUGAUCCCCAUCGGUUCUUUCUUCCCUCUCAACCUCAACACAUUGAACUGAUUCACACACCCAGUUACCUCAUUCUCGUCUUUGCCCAACCGUCCGACUUCAGCGCCAAAGCGCCUUCUAUCCUGAAUGCGACUACUCCCCGCACAAACUUCAACGUCACCACCUUUAGCGCUCAACUCGGUCUCGGUGCUCCCAUCACAGGGACGUUCUGGUUCACUGGACCCGAGAAUCCCAAAGAUGCUUCCUCACCAAGCGGUACUCCAACAUCGUUGAAAGGGAGCUCGACCGCUAAGCCACCGCCAAGCGCCGCUCCUUCUAGCGCCCGCCAUCUUCGACUUGACGUGCUGGCAGCGAUAACAGGUGCGAUGUUGGCCAUUGUCGUUGCAUUAGUCUAG